ACAUUACACCAUAGACAUAUGAGUGAUUAUUUACUACUUGUUUUUGUUGAUACCGGAUGAUAAUUUAAAACUUAAAAGUUAACCAUUCGUUUUCUUACGGCAGUCUUUAACUUACUAAUAUGGACAAAAAUAAAAAUUCGUCUUCUAGUUCUGCAUCAAAAGACGAUAUGGUGUCAAAAGACGAAAAGGCAUCAAGAACAGAAAAAAAAGAGCCAUUGUCGCUUGAAGAACUAUUAGCCAAAAAGAAAGCAGAAGAACUAGCUAGAAGCAAACCUGUGUUUUUAACCAAAGAACAACGAGCUGCUGAAGCUUUACGAAAAAGACAAGAGGAGGUUGAGUUAGUUAGAAAGAAACAAGAUGAAGAGCGUAAGAAACGUUCAGAAUUUUUACAUCAAGCAGAUGGUCAUAGCCAUAGAGAUGAACGUGAUCGGGAAAGAGACCACCAUAGGGACAGAGACCGUGACCGAGAACGUGAUAGGGAUAGAGAACAUGAUCGUAGAGAAAGAGAACGAAAAAGAGAGAAAAAAGAUGAACCUGAAGAUAAAGAAGUCACAAAAGAUAAAGAGAAAGAGCAGGAAGCUAUAAAAGAACGUUAUUUAGGAUUAACUAAAAAAAAACGUCGUGUAAGACGUUUAAAUGAUAGAAAAUUUGUAUUUGAUUGGGAUGCUUCCGAAGAUACUUCUAUAGACUACAACGCUUUGUACAAAGAGCGUCAUCAAGUACAGUUCUUUGGCCGUGGUAAUAUUGCAGGCAUUGAUAUAAAAGCACAAAAAAAAGAUCAAUCUAAAUUUUAUGGAGAGCUAAUGGAAAAACGAAGAACUGAAGCUGAAAAGGAGCAAGAGAAAGUCAGAUUGAAAAAAGUUAAAAGAAAAGAAGAUAAGCAAAAAUGGGAUGACAGACAUUGGUCGGAGAAAGAAGUAGACGAAAUGACUGAAAGAGAUUGGAGGAUAUUUAGAGAAGAUUAUAACAUAACUAUUAAGGGUGGUAAAAUACCUGAACCGAUACGUAAGUGGAAAGAAUCAUCAAUCAAAAGUGAAAUUAUGGAAAUCAUUGAUAAAGUUGGUUACAAGGAGCCAACACCAAUUCAACGGCAAGCUAUUCCAAUUGGUUUCCAAAAUCGUGAUAUUAUUGGCGUUGCUGAAACUGGUUCUGGUAAAACUUUAGCCUAUCUUAUACCACUCAUAGAAUGGAUCCAGUCUUUACCAAAAAUGGAACGAGAGGAAGACGUUGAUCAAGGGCCAUAUUCAAUUAUAUUAGCUCCGACCCGCGAGUUAGCUCAACAAAUCGAAGAAGAAACUUUGAAAUUUGGUCAACCACUAGGAAUUAGAACAGUUGUCGUUGUAGGAGGUCUGUCCAGAGAAGAACAAGGUUUUAGGCUACGAUUAGGAUGUGAAAUUGUAAUUGCUACACCAGGACGUUUGAUAGAUGUUUUGGAAAACAGGUAUCUGGUUCUGAACCAAUGUACUUAUAUUGUAUUAGAUGAAGCAGAUCGUAUGAUUGACAUGGGUUUUGAGCCUGAUGUACAAAAAAUUUUAGAAUACAUGCCGGUUACUAAUUUAAAACCAGAUAAUGAAGAUGCUGAAGAUGAAUCAAAACUUCUAGCUAAUUAUUACUCAAAAAAAAAAUAUAGACAAACUGUGAUGUUUACGGCUACUAUGCCUCCUGCUGUGGAGCGUUUAGCUAGAACUUAUUUACGACGUCCUGCUGUUGUGUACAUUGGUUCAAUUGGUAAACCUGUAGAACGUACAGAACAAAUAGUACACAUGAUGAGUGAAAAUGAUAAGCGUAAAAGAUUGGUAGAAAUUCUUAGUCGUAAAGUUGAACCUCCAAUCAUUAUAUUUGUUAACCAGAAAAAAGGUGCAGAUGUGUUGGCUAAGGGUUUGGAAAAACUUGGAUACAAUGCUUGUACGCUUCAUGGUGGUAAAGGACAAGAACAGCGUGAGUUUGCUUUGGCAAGUCUUAAAGGUGGACAAAAAGAUAUACUGGUAGCAACUGAUGUAGUCGGUCGUGGUAUCGAUAUCAAAGAUGUAUCAAUGGUUAUUAACUAUGACAUGGCAAAAUCUAUUGAAGAUUAUACCCAUCGUAUUGGGCGUACUGGACGUGCUGGAAAAACUGGAGUCGCAAUAUCAUUCCUUACUAAGGAUGACUCUCCCUUGUUCUAUGAUCUCAAACAAGUCAUACAAGCAAGUCCUGUGUCGACUUGUCCUCCUGAAUUAGCCAAUCAUCCAGAAGCACAACACAAACCAGGUACAGUGAUGAUGCCAAAAAAGAGACGAGAAGAAAAAAUAUUUGCUUAACUUCUUUCUAUUUAUUUAAUAAUAAAAUACAUUAUAAUUGUUUUUA